UACUUCCUGAGGAGUUGGGGCUACAGUGUCUCUGUUUGGAAGAUGAAUUACGUGUUCUUCAUCUGUAUCCUCUUCUCGACCAGCUGGGCUUGGGUGGCACAAGAAUCAGCCCCUACAUCUGCAUAUUCAUCUCCAGCUCGAAGUCUUGGGGAUACAGGGAUAACGCCUCUGUCUCCUUCCCAUAUCUUGAAUGAUGCUGACCCCGUCUCAGAACAGCAGACGUUUCUCGUGGUUGUGGCCAUCGACUUUGGCACCACGUCCAGCGGUUACGCCUAUAGUUUUACCAAGGAGCCAGAAUGUAUCCAUGUGAUGAGGCGAUGGGAGGGAGGCGACCCUGGUGUGUCCAAUCAGAAGACCCCAACCACCAUCUUGCUGACACCCGAGAGGAAGUUCCACAGCUUUGGGUACGCAGCCAGAGACUUCUACCAUGACCUGGAUCCCAAUGAGGCAAAGCAGUGGCUGUACCUGGAGAAGUUCAAGAUGAAGCUACAUACCACAGGGGACCUCACCAUGGAAACAGACCUGACUGCAGCAAAUGGCAAGAAAGUCAAAGCCUUGGAAAUCUUCACAUAUGCCCUGCAGCACUUUAAGGAGCAGGCGCUGAAGGAGCUGGGUGACCAGGCCGGGUCAGACUUCGAGAACUCAGAUGUCAGAUGGGUCAUCACAGUGCCUGCCAUCUGGAAACAGCCUGCGAAGCAGUUCAUGAGAGAGGCUGCUUACCAGGCGGGCCUGGCCUCCCCUGAGAACUCGGAGCAGCUCAUUAUUGCCCUGGAGCCCGAGGCUGCCUCCAUCUACUGCCGGAAGCUGCGGCUACACCAAAUGAUCGAGCUCAGCAGCAAGGCGGCGGUCAAUGGGUACAGCGCCAGUGACACAGUAGGAGCGGGGUUUGCACAGGCUAAAGAACAUGUGCGGCGGAACCGGCAGAGUCGGACCUUUUUGGUGGAGAAUGUCAUAGGAGAAAUCUGGUCGGAGUUGGAGGAAGGUGACAAAUAUGUGGUUGUAGACAGUGGCGGAGGCACUGUAGACCUGACAGUCCAUCAGAUACGGUUACCAGAGGGACACCUUAAGGAACUGUAUAAAGCAACAGGUGGACCCUAUGGAUCUCUGGGAGUAGAUUAUGAAUUUGAAAAACUACUUUGUAAAAUAUUUGGAGAGGAUUUUAUUGAACAGUUCAAGAUCAAACGCCCAGCAGCCUGGGUAGACUUAAUGAUUGCAUUUGAGUCUCGCAAAAGAGCUGCCGCACCAGACAGAACAAACCCUCUGAAUAUCACUCUGCCCUUCUCCUUCAUCGAUUACUACAAGAAGUUCCGAGGGCACAGUGUGGAGCAUGCCUUGAGGAAGAGCAAUGUGGAUUUUGUGAAGUGGUCCUCCCAGGGGAUGCUGAGGAUGAGUCCAGAUGCCAUGAACGCCCUCUUUAAGCCAACCAUAGACAGCAUCAUUGAGCACCUCCGGGACCUGUUUCAGAAGCCUGAGGUAUCCACAGUCAAGUUCCUCUUCCUGGUGGGGGGCUUUGCAGAGGCACCUCUCCUGCAGCAGGCAGUGCAGGCUGCCUUUGGUGACAAGUGCCGGAUCAUCAUCCCCCAGGACGUGGGCCUCACCAUCCUCAAGGGUGCUGUCCUCUUUGGCCUGGACCCUGCAGUCAUCAAGGUACGCCGGUCCCCGCUCACCUACGGGGUGGGUGUGCUGAACCGCUUUGUGGAGGGCAAGCACCCACCUGAGAAGCUGCUGGUAAAGGAUGGCACACGCUGGUGCACUGAUGUCUUCGACAAGUUCAUCUCUGCCGACCAGUCCGUGGCCCUGGGGGAGCUGGUCAAGCGCAGCUAUACUCCAGCCAAGCCCUCCCAGCUCAUCAUCGUUAUCAACAUCUACAGCUCUGAGCAUGACAGUGUCAGUUUUAUCACCGACCCAGGGGUGAAGAAGUGUGGCACGCUCCGCUUGGAUCUCACGGGGACCAGCGGCACAGCGGUGCCUGCCCGCAGGGAAAUCCAGACCCUCAUGCAGUUUGGGGACACUGAGAUCAAGGCCACAGCCAUUGACAUAGCCACCUCAAAGAGCGUCAAAGUGGGGAUCGACUUCUUAAAUUACUAACCGUCCUUCCCUGCCACCUGCCCCCUGGGACUCAACUCAUCUGCAUUAGCUGACCUCAACCAUGACUGUUCUACUUACCAUUUUAUCCCUGACCUUGACCCUUGCCAUUGCUCACCUGAAUUUCAAAAAGAAAGAUGAAAACAACCAGGGUGAGAAGUAACUAAAGACUUUUUUUUUUUUUUGAGGGCACACUGGAGUCAAAAAACUCAGAAAUUAAUAUUAAGGUCUGAGAAUAGGGAAUUCAAGGAGCCUAGAAGAGUAGCUAGCUUAUACAGGUACCAGAGUGGGAAAACAGCUCUUGCCGAGGGAACCGGUUCAUUUCAGCAGCUUGCUUUGAAGAGGUCCCUGUAAGGUAGGACUUAGGAUGCCUGACUGCCAUCUUUUAAGAUCUGAAGGGAGAUCUUUUAGCUAGGAGAGAAUCUUCAUUUGAGGUCUUUUAAAACUGUUUUGGAUGGCAGUCAAUAUGAAAUGCCAGCCAUCUGCAGCUAAUUUCUUCCAUUCAUCAUGGGACUCAAAGUGGUGACUCAGUGGGAACUUGGAGCAAUUUUAGCUGGUGGGAGAAGACUGCCUACAUUGGGCACUCUUUUAGCUUCUCAUCUAAUUUAAAUGCCAAGAAGGUUCAGUAAAGAAUAUGGCAGCUUGGCUAACCUUAGGAUUUUGGGGAAUAAGAGGGUUGGUACCUCAGUUAUCCAGCAGGUAAAGCUUUCUUUGAUGGAAAAGGACACUAAAGAGUUACUUAUUCCAAAUUACAGCAGUCCCCUUUUAUCUACAAGGGAUGCAGUUUUGAGGUCCCCAGUGGAUGCCAAACCAUACAUGAUACCAAACCUUAUAUAUACUAGUGUUUUUUUUCCUACACUUACAUACCUAUGAUAAUGAUCAGUUUAAUAAAUUAGUAAGAGAUUAGAAACAAUAGCUAAAUGAAAUAGAACAAUUAUAAAAACAUACUUUGAUAAGAUUAUAUGAAUGUGGUCUCUCACAGUAUCUUACUGUACUGUAUUUUUGCACCACAGUUGACUGGGAGGGGGGGUACUUAAACUAUAGCAAGCGGGACCACAACUCCCAGAACAAUGAAUCCCAACUUCAGAGUUCUUAAGUAAUUCUAGGCCAUCUUGGUAAGAAUUUAGUUUGCAAAAAUGAACUUGCCAUUUGCCUUGUUAUGUCACCCAAAAGUGCAGAGUAGGCCCUUGCCUUGAGAACCAUGCAAAUUUCAACCCUUCUUCCUGUGCCUCUUCAUUCCCCUAAGAAUUUGAGCUGUUCUGUCCCAAUCUUGAUAGGAAUACAAUGAUUUCAAUGAAAGGAGGCUUUGUCUAGUCCAUGAAAUGUUUCGUCAAAAUCUCAAGCUUUUCCAGUUUGCCUAAAAAUAGUGUGUAAAUCUAGACUUGGCCAGUGAAGCCAACUUCUUCUAAAGCAGGACUGUGGCUCACAUGCCUCAGAAUUGCCUGGGUGCUUGUCAGGAGCAGGUUCCUGGAUCCAAUCCCUUUUAUCUGGAGCUGACUUGAGGAGGAGGGCCAGGAUCUGCAUUUUAGCAUAUACCCCCGUAUGAUUAGGGAUCAGCUGGAAUGGGAGAAUUUCUAGUUUUAGGUUUGUCCCUGAAGCUGUGUCUAUAGCCUGUAGCCUCUAGCCUUCCAGUCAGAGUUCCCUUGGGGACAAGUAUACCUUGCCCUCUUGGUGAGUGGACUUGGAAAUCUACCUGCCCCCCUCCACGGGGGGUGCAUUUUAACCCUCACAGGAAGGACCAGGGGAGGGAAAAGAUGGCACAGAAGGAACCCCAGGAAUGGAGCUGCCCGCGGAGCCAGCCAGUGGUUCUGUGUUCUCUCCUUUCCUCUGUACAAAGCCAGUCUCCCCCCAACAUUCAGGAGCCAACUGAGGAUAAAGAAUCAAGAACCUGACUCAGUCCAUCUGAUCUGUUCAAAGCUGCCUUUCCCACCUGCUGGGAUUCAUUCUGAUCUCAGAUCACUGGAGGCGUGUAUAAUGAAUGAAUGAAUGGAUGAAUGGAUGAAUGGAGAAUGAGGAAAGGGACAGCAAAUGCAAAUUGGAUCCACAAACCCAUUAUCAUUAGCCAAUAUGCAGAUUUUAAAUAGCAUUUCCAAUUCCAACUGAACUCUUCUUUUUCACACUGCCUGCUGCAGAAUUCCCUGCUAGAAUGUGAACUGCUAUCAAACCAUAGAACGAGAGAAUUCAAGCCCCAAAGUGAGUUGCAGGAAAUCGUAUCCAGGUGUCAAGGUGUGUUUGCUAGGGCUCUCUUGCCUUCUCUGUUUCAGAAGCAUGAUGCCAUGGCUCUCUCUUUGGUGUGGUCAGCCAUGGUCUACAAAGACUUUCAAUUUUGUUAUAAUGAACAUAAUUUUAUGUAUAUACAUGAUUAGAAUCUUGUACAGAAUCUUUAUUUCUACAGUGUGCUUCUCUUAUUUGAAAAGGAAAAUGCUCUUAAUUUUGGUUGAUUUUGCUGCCCAUAAGCUGCUUCAUUUCUUAAUUGCUCUCACUGAUCACUGACUUGUGCCAAUACCAAGCAGCAGAGGACAGUGUACGCAAGACUGAGCAAUAGACAGAGGUGCCUUGGGUCAGAGUACUCUUCUGAUCACAUGGACCACCCGGAUCAACAGCUUCAUCAGACCCUUCCACAUGCACACGCUUCGCAAAAAUGCAUAGGUUCUAUGUAAAUCAAUUCUCCUGUCCAGACUUGGAGAGCUGAUCGUCUGGUUUUGUAAGCAACAUGACUGUAAAAAAAAGCCUACCAAAAUGCUUGGCAUCCGGCAGGAUUGUUAGCCUCCCAUUGCGGGGUAAAGCAGUCACUCUGAGGACAAAGCAUGGUGCACUAUGUAUGGUGUUUUCAGUAAUUCAGGGUCAAAGGAAGGAACCAAAUGGUACAUAAACCAAUGUUUUCUUUUCUGUGGGUUGAGUGUAAGUGGGAGCAAUAAAGUCAAGCCCUUCUUUUCCUUGCUAAGGUAAAGCGCUUCUCACCUCACACUUAGGAUAGCUCUGUGCCUCCUAUUUCACUUAAAUGAGCUAAUAGAAGUCUGCCAUAUUAGCAAACUGUAGAGAAGGGGUGAUAAUUUUACUGGACUUUCUUCUGGCCCCAGAGAUACAGCCCCAGUAGUCAAACUCCUUAAACAAAGCCCCCCUUGAGUCUAUCCCUACCUUCCACUGAAAUAAUCUUGAGUAACAACACUGGAUAUGUCACUUGGAACACAUUUCCUAAUCUUGGGACGUUUCUAGGUCUAUGGUCUUGACCAGUUAUUUGUUCUUUGCAUAUAUUAUCUAGAUUCCUAAUCACCUUAUCUGUACAGAGCAGGGGUUCAUAAAUGCUGAGUGACAGGCACAGGCAUACAGUAGGAAAGAGCCACUGCCACAGGAGAGUUGUGCAGAGUGAUGACUGAGUCCAGAUGACAGCCUGCCCCACUCUUAGAAUGUUAUUUAGACCAAGUUUAGCUUUUAGAGUCCAGGUCUGGUCAAUUGCCAGGGUAGCAAGGAAUCGCAUGCACCAAUAUAAACAGGAGUCAAAAUGCAUUAUUAGAUGAAGAUCGAAUUUCUCAUUGUAGCGAUGUAAUGGCCAUGAUUAAGCUGCAUAUGUAUGCAGGGGACUGGCUUACAUGGAUGGCUAGUGUAAAAGUUGUUGGCCAUAAUGUCUCUAACACCGCUCAUCUGCUUGAAAUGUGGAACAAUAUUCUAAGAUCUCAGCCAUCAGGAGUCUUGAGCACUGUAAGAUAGAUCCAAACCACAGAAUUUUGCAGCAAUUCACAACUAGGCAGGAUUGUAUCUGCAAACUCUCUUGUCUUCACAGAUUCUAAUAAAGUAAAACUGAAUUUCAUGUG